AUGUCGGCGCCUGGUCCUUCGUUCAAUGAUAAGAACGGCAGUGACCCGUUCGAUGGCGUUCUGUGGUUUGAUCCCUUAUAUCGUGUGCUUUUCCGUUCUACGGAUGAACUGGACCUUACAAUUGCGAAGAGUACAAGAAAGGCCCUUGAGCUAGCUCAGACAGCUAACCCCGACCGACUAGUCACUCUGGAUGACCGGCACUGCCGUCCGUCUCUUCACUGGAAUAUGGGUAUGGUGUCGAUCAACAUAGCUCGUUGGGUUAUCGCUUCAGUCUCUUUCUUUCAUUCUUCCUUUCUUCUCUUCUCCUACCGCGUGGCGGUGAUGCAUACUGCUGGCUGCGUUUGUGGAUGGGGAUCGCUAUUCUCAUUUAUGAUGGUCUCCAUAUCGUUCCAGUUGGUUGAAUUCCCUCUUGACGGAUUAGAUGAAGGAGGCCGAACAAUGUUAAUUGAGGGUGCGGAUCAAAGUGUCUUUAUCUUUAAUCUUAGUAAUCCAUUGCAUGCACCGUUUACUUAG